AUGGGUUUAUUUUCGGCCAUAGCCAAGUUCUUUGCUCCUCAUCAGCAGCCAUGUGAAGUGUUGGUACUUGGUUUGGAUAACAGCGGUAAAACGAGUAUUUUAAAUCAGUUGAAGCCGCCAGAUAAUCAACUGAAUACUGUGGUACCAACUGUUGGUUAUAAUGUAGAAAAGUUUAGUGCUUCGAAUAUUGCUUUUACUGCGUAUGAUAUGAGUGGACAAAGUAGGCUUUUUGAGGUUCUAUUAUCUGACUUUAGCGUAAAUAGGUCUGAAGCCAAAUAUUUCUACAAAAUGUGGAUAUUCGAAAAGAAGCAUAAGAUAGUAUAGUAAUCAUUUUCUUAAGAUAAAAUUUCAGUUUUUAUAUCAUAACUCCUUAACAAUAUUGAAAUCCUAAGCAGUAGAAUAGUAUUUUUAUUUGGCCAUAAUAUGGAUAUAACCACUAUAAUUGAGCUGAUUGAGUAAACAAAAAGUAUUUUACAGGCAAAUACCGAAACUUAUGGGAGACCCAAUUCAAAGCCUGUAAUGCCAUUAUCUUUGUUGUGGACAGUUCGGACAAACUUCGGAUGGCUGUAGCUCGAGAUGAGUUGUGGAUGAUAUUAGAUCAUAAGGAUAUUAAGGGUAGAAAAGUAGGUUUUUUUUUAUUUUUUUAAAUUUUAGGUAAUAACAACAUAAUUUUUGUAAAGUAUACGUCAAGUUAAAGCUUUUUUUAUUGGUACAAUGGAACUUCUUUCCUUUUUAGAUACCAAUUCUAGUCUUUGCAAACAAAAGUGAUUUGGCAAGGAUACUGUCGGAAAGGGAGAUCAACAUAACUUUGGGUUUGGAUGUGAUUCGACAACAUAACUGGCGUAUCGAGCGAUGUUCAGCAUUGAGUGGGCAAGGUCUUGUCGCUGGAAUUGGCUGGCUUAGCGAGCAGUUAAAGUUGAAUAACAAUGACAAUUGA